UCCUAAGUUCCUCUUCCUUCGAGCAGAAUACUUCUCAGAAAGAUACAAGAAAUGGCACCUGUCAACAAAUUCCAAAAAUUGCUGGUGCUUGCACUCGACUGGAUUCUGUACAGUAUUGGUGCUACAGGUAACUGCCAUGUCACUGUAACACAGCCCAGGUUCCAGGAAGCCGAACACUCAGCGCACACUGCGCUCCUAACGUGUGCUUUCUCUGCCCAUGGAUGCUCCCCAUCUCAGCCUCAAGUUCUAUGGUUUCGCUUUUUUACUAACAGACAUGAGGAUCUGUGCACUCCUGAAUGCACGAAUCGCCAGAAGUUCCAAGUGCAUACAUCAUCAGAAAAUAACUACUGGCUUCAAAUCAACAACCUGACUGUAAACGACAGUGCUCUUUAUUUCUGUGGGAUAGCAUUUGCAGAUUCAGGCUCACCCCAUUCUAAGCAAACAGGAGAUGGAACAGUACUGACAAAAAGAGAGAGGUACAACACUGAAGAGUUCAACUCCAUGAUCAUCAUCUCAACGUUACUGCUGCUAUACAGCAUUACUGCAUUCACAAUCCUUGCAGCCCACAAGUUAAAACGAAAGCUGCUAAAUAGAAGUGGGAAUGAAAGGCAGAGAACAGAGAACUGUAAGAUCACUAGUGGCCGAAAAAUUUUUCGAGCAAUAGCCCAAGAACUGCAAAAGCAGCGUUAUGCUGAGCACUGCCAGCAGCCUGAUCAUUUGGAGGAUGACACUGUUUAUCAGAACAGAUGAGUAUCUGCUUCGUUUCCAGUUUGUUGGAUAUGUUUGAUGCAACUGAAGGGGCUGAUGAAGAAGUGAAGCUUUGUCACAGACUUACUUUCCUUUAAAAUGCAAGGAGCAAAGUGUACAGGGCAGUGUUCUUUGAGAGUGCUGAAGAGAUCAUCAAAACCAACAUUAUGUCUGCUACACAUUACUUUCCAUUCCACAAGAACAAAAACAGCGGGAGAAGGCUUCAUCUUUUAGAAAAGAACUGCUAAUGCUUCAUAAAAACUUUCCCUUUCAAUUUAGAUUUAAUUCUACACAUUUUUACAUGAAUGUCAAUGCAUUUCUUAUAUGUGAAUUGUGCAUUUGUGUAAGAUGUACAUGAAUCAACAGCAACAAAAUAAACUCAUUACACAGUGA